UAUUCGAUCAUCCUCUGUUGGAUCUCCUAAACCACCAAUGGUGUCUAUGCUGAUCUCUACCCUUUCACAGUUAUCUAUUCACUCUUCAACACACCCACAAGCAAAUCAACAAGAGCUAUAUACAACCAAUUCAAUAACCCAAAUGUCCUCACAAGAAUAUCGUCGAUCCUGGAAAAGUCGCGAUGCGCCGCUUUAUAUUGAUCUACUCAAGUCUACAUUUUCUACCCAACCAUACAAUUACAACCGAUUUCUGGAUAUCAUGAUGGACUACAAAAGACAAAUGAUUGACACACUAGAUAUGAUUGAAAGAGUUCUGAUUAUAUUCCAAGGCAACCCAUCCCUUAUAUCUGGAUUCAAUAUAUUUCUUCCUCUUGGAUAUAGCAUGGAGCCUGUUUUUGAUGGAAGUCAGUCUACAGCAGUUCUAGUCACCACACCAAGUGGACAUAGUUUUUCUUUUUAGUCUUAUUUUUUCUUUACACAUGCCCACACUCUCACGCACUCCCAUACGUACAUUCAUAUAUAUAUAUCCAUUUAUUCAUUUAUCCACCUUAUCUACCUUACCUAUUUUAUCUAUCUAUUUUCUUUCUUUGAACGCACAAUAUGUAUUGCAAGUGAUAAACACAAAGCACCCUUUUUCUUUCUUUCUAUUAAAUAUCUCAAAAUAUAUGCGAUUUAUCUAUUCAUUUACUUUAAAAGCAACAACCUUUGUUCAAACACAUGUAUUUUUUUAAAGAAAAAUAGUUUUACAGCAAUAUAUGAAUAUAUAAGCCAAUAAAAUCUUACUUGAGUU